AUGGAUUCCGGCUUGAUAUCUUUUGACAAGUGCGAAACCACAUUCAGGUCCGAGGACCCUAUCUACGUUACUACAUUCUUGCGAGACCUCAGGCGUCACAUCGACGCGACUGGCCGGCAUACUAUUCUUUACGCUGGGUAUCUACGUGCUCUACAACUCUACGGCAACGAGAAUGCUUUCGAACUGACACCGAAGGAGAAGUUGAAUUUUGAGAACUGCAGAGAUUUGGAGAUAUGCCGAGCUGCAGCGCAAAAUGAUGGUUACAAUCCCAGCGAUGGCAGAACCAGCCCAUGGGCGGGUGUAUACUUUUCGAGAGAAUACAUCAUGACAUACCCAGGGCCUCUUGGUACCUCUUUAGCAACCACUGGAGAGGCUUCUCCAAGCACUUCCGGGAGCUCAAAUAGCGAUGAAUCUUCUCAGCAAAAUCUAAUCGAUUUGCGCACGUCAGACUCUUCCCUUUCCACUGUUCGACAUUAUAAGAAACCAGUGACUCUUCGAGGCAUGAGUGGUAGCCGCGUGGUCGAAAGAAGUGACUUUGGGAACACCUGUGUCGGUGGGAUGGAAAUGGCUUUCGUGGUCACAGAACUACUUGAGCGGGUUGUAGAGGGCGAUCUCAGUGACGAUUGGAAGGCUGCUAUCAAGGAGACACUCGAUUACAUUGGAGGCUCGCAGAACAUGGGAGAAUUCCUCGGUUUGAUGUACGAGAGAUUUCCCAAGCAAGAGGACAUUUCUGUGGCUUCGACUAUUGGCUGCCGACUGCGUGGCGUAGGCCCGAGCCUACUUUGA